AAGGAAUAAUUAGUACUCAAGCUCAAGGUCAAAUGAUGAAUAGGAAUUUUGCAAGUUUACCAGGGAGCGUGGUGGGGAUUAGGGGCUAUCAGCGUACAGUAAGGGAAGAGGUGAUGCAAAGACUCGCAAGCAUGGAAGAACAAGGCUUAUUCGGAGACCAACAAGAACUUGGUAUUUCUACUACUGUAUUCUAAUCCUACACAAAUGUUUAUUUUAUUGUCGGUUUAUCAUCAACAUUUUCCAUGGUACCUGGCACUUAUUUGCACCUCCACAGGUUCUCCCACACCAGGCUCCAACAACUGGAAAGAAGUCAUCGUUCAGAUAGUGAUUUAAUAAGAGUUGUGGCUGUGUACUGCACCUUGUUUCAAACAGUUUCAUCCUGGACUCCCCCAAGGGCACUCAUCAUGUCCUCAAAUAUACUGUUUCAAAAAAUAUUGCUGAUGUUGAUGUCUCUUUUAGUAGUUGCCUGGAUGAUUUUCACGAUUUCUCAAAACUCCAGAAAGUUUUGGUCUGCUCUAAACCUACCCAUCUCCCUCUAUCAUUGGAACAACUUCACAGUGUCUUCAGAAACUAAAACAACACUGAGCCCGUUAAAGUCACCAACAGAGACUGAGCUGAAAAUAAAGAGAAUCAAGGAGAAACUAGACCAGCUGAUCCCACCCAGACCUUUCACCCAUGUGAACACCACCACCAGUGCAGCGCACAGCAGAGUCACCAUCCUCAACCCUCAAGACACAUACUGCAGGGGCGAUCAACUAGACAUCCUGGUGGAGGUGAGGGACCACCUGGGACGCAGGAAGGAAUAUGGCGGGGAUUUCCUGAGGGCCAGGAUGUCCUCCCCAGCCCUGAAGGCAGGCGCUUCAGGAAAGGUGACAGACUUUAACAACGGCACCUACCUUGUCAGCUUCACUCUGUUCUGGGAGGGCCAGGUCUCUCUGUCUCUCCUGCUCAUCCACCCCAGUGAAGGGGUGUCAGCUCUCUGGAGGGCAAGGAACCAAGGCUAUGACAGAGUGAUUUUCAAAGGUAAAUUUGUUAAUGGCACCAGCCAAGUCUUCACUGAAUGUGGCCUGACCCCAAUAUCAAGUGCUGAACUGUGCGAGUACCUGGAGACUCGAGACCAAGAAGCCUUCUACUGCGUGAGACCUCAACACAUGCCCUGUGAGGCCCUGACUCACAUGACCACCAAGAAUAGAGAAAUUUCUUAUCUUACUGUCAAGGAAAAAAGCCUUUUUAACAGGUCCAAUGUGGGAGUUGAAAUGAUGAAACAUCUUAAACACAUUAACGUCUCCCAAUGUUACCAGAGAGAAAACAUAAAAGAGAAAUGCCAAAUUGGAAUGAAGGUUCCUGUCCCUGGUGGUUACACUUUCGAAGGAAGGUGGAUUACAACGUUUUGCAACCAGACUCAGUUUAAUACAAUUAAGAUAAAAGACUGUUUGAAAGGAAAACUCAUUUACCUCCUGGGAGACUCUACGCUGCGUCAGUGGAUCUACUACUUACCCAAAGUUGUAAAAACACUAAAAUUUUUUGAUCUUCAUGGAACUGGACUUUUUAAGAAACAUUUGCUCCUGGAUGCAGAAAGACACACUCAGAUUCAAUGGAAAAAACAUAGUUAUCCUUUUGUCACAAUGCAACUCUACUCUGUGAUAGAAGAGGGUUAUAUUCCUCGGGAAAUUGACCGGAUACCAGGUGACAAAAACACAGCCAUCAGCAUCACACUUGGCCAGCACUUCAGACUCUUCCCCAUUGACAUUUUCAUUCGCAGGGCCAUCAAUGUCCGCAAGGCUAUUGAACGACUAUUCCUGAGAAGCCCAGCCACCAAAGUGAUCCUUAAGACAGAAAACAUCAGGGAGAUGCAUUCAAACACAGAAAGCUUUGGAGAUUUCCAUGGUUACAUUCAAUAUCUUACCAUGAAGGACAUUUUCAAAGAUCUCAACGUGGGUGUCAUUGAUGCCUGGGACAUGACUAUUGCAUAUGGCACCAAUAAUGUCCACCCACCUGACCAUGUGAUUGGAAAUCAGAUUAACAUGUUCUUAAACUACAUCUGCUAAAGCACAAACAACAAAAUCUCUGUGGCUCAAUCUCUGCAAAUAACCCUGCUUGUUUUGUCCAAGAAGUUAAUUUAUUUUAGGGACUAAGAAAAUCAAAUUUAAGAUAAUCUGUCUGGGGAGGGAGGAUGCUUAAAAACAAAGACAACUGGCAUAGGAUGCAAAGCCAAAAGAAACAGACAUGAAGAAUGAUUACACCAAGCUUGGAGCUUGUCUAUGUAUGAUAAUAAAUGUUCUUAUUCUUUAA